AACAUGUAUUAAAUCUGGUUUUAUUCUGCAGUAUAUAACAAAGCUGGAAUAGCUCAGUUGGUUAGAGCGUGUGGCUGUUAACCACAAGGUCGGAGGUUCGACCCCUCCUUCUAGCGUUUUCACAAUCUGUUUUUUUUUUGUCGCUCAUUUUCCUUUUAUUAUAGGUAAUAGUUGGCCCACAAAGUCACAAGUCAGGAUACACAUGGUAGUAACUUGUUUGGCGAGAGGAUCUAAAAGCCCGACAAGACACGUUCAAGCUGGUAGGGAUAGUCUGUGAUGUCGUGUCCAUUUUACGACAAACGAUCCCACUGUUAUUUCAUUAAUCAUACCGCCUAAUGAUAGAAGUGUGGAACAUAUUUUUACAUGUGUGGUAUAGGUGAAACUAUUAAUUAUAACUAUUACUAGUCAAGUUAUUUUAAGGAUUGGCAAGUGGUACUGAUUCUUACACAGCCAGAAUAUACCGAUUUACUACCAAAACAGAUAUUACAACAACAAAAAGUUGACCACCAUGAACUAACAAGUUCGUCACAAUGAAUGCUACAUGCCUCCACAAAACAAGAAAUUAUAUGAUUGGACCGCUAAAACUCUACAAUAUUUUAUAGCCAUUCAUUUAUUUUUACCUCAAAACUCUGUCGUCGAUUAUAAAACCUAAAUACUCACUCAUAUUAAAAUAUAUCUUUUCUCUCCCCCAAGAAAUGGAUAGAGAUCUAGCUCUCACCAACCACCGUAAACAAUCGUACGUCACCGGUCGAUGCUUGAGUUCUCCGUCGUCUUGUCUCUCGUUACUACACCGGGAAGCCGAGUACGCUCGAAUCAGUAACCGCAACAAGAAGACAACGUCAAGUCCUAGAUUAAGGAAUCUCCUUAGAAGGCUAUUGUUUUUGGUUACAAGCUGCGGACUCAAGAACGCAAAACCGAAGAGGUUGAUAAAGUUUCACUACGAUGCUGUGAGUUAUGCUCAGAACUUCGACGAUGGUUUUAACUUGCGCGAUGAUGAUCGUAAGGGUUUCAGAAGUCUCCGAACACAGAGUCUCCAUCACUAGCUAAUAUUAUUAUAUUUGCUCUCUUUUUAUUUUCUUAAAUUAUAUUUUCGAACAUGGUAUCAAAUUUCGUAUGUGCCCUCAAGUUCUGUUAAUUACAUAUAUGUAAUCUGAUAGUUUGGUAUUUGUUUGAGAAAGAUGGUCCCUGCCGUUUCUUUAAUUACAUUUGUACCCGAGAGGUUUUUAAUUACAUAUGUAUCAUGUACUUUUGGUUAAUGAGUAUAUAUACCCGUUAGAUAUGUU